AUGGGCGCCAGCACCAAGAGAAAGAAGGAGAAACAGAAGGACUUCCAGAAACCAAAGUUGAAGGUCGGCAAGGCAAAGGCCAAGCCUGACAAUUUUACAGAUACAAGUUUCAAGUCGAAAGCAAUAACCCUGAACCAACAAUCUCUAACCCUAACCGCCCCAUCCGCAAACACCCAGUUCAGCCACCACCUAUCUCUGCUCUCCUCAAAAUCAGACUCUCAGCGCCGCGACUCCCUUGCACACCUAACAACGACUCUCACCAGCCAACCUACCCACCUCCCACCCCCGCAACCAGUAAGUGUGAUCCUACCGUCUCUCCUUCCCCUCAUCCUAGACUCCAAUGCCUCAGUCCGCGCAAAUCUGCUUAAGCUCCUCCGUGCACUCCCGCAACAUGACGUAAAAGACCAUGUGGGAACACUCAUGCCGUAUAUAAGAGCCGGUAUGACGCACUUGGCGGCUGAGGUGAGGGUCUCUAGCGUUGAGGUUUUGGGCUGGCUCGUCUCUAUUGCGGGGGAUGAAGUCGUCGGCGUUGCGGGGGGGUGGGUGAAGACGUUGAAUUGUUUCUUGAGCGUGCUGGGGUGGCAUGUUGCUGCGAAGAGCAAGUGGACCUCGCUGGCGACCUCAACUUCAACAUCCGCGUCAGGUUCUGGCAAUGGUACAGGAUCAAGCACAAGCGGAAAAGCAAGUUACGGCAAAGCCGGCGCAAAGGGUCGGCCGCAGGUCCGUUUCCUAACAAUCCUAGCGGACUUUCUUGAUGCUGGUAUCGGGUCUUCCGGUUCCCAAUCCAUGGACACAACCGCCGACUCUGCUUCCGAGUCUGAAAACCAAUACUGCACUUUUCCCAUAACGACAUUCGCCUCACACCUGAUACCCAGCAACUUCGCAUCGCCGUAUCUAACGCUGAAUCUGUUCGGGACACCGCGCGAUGAGGAAGGCGAGAUGUACGAGACGCGCGAAGACCGGUGGCGCGUGUUUGUGGCGCGCGGGUUUCUGGGCGCUGUGGAACGCGGUCUUGAGACGGCUAGGGGAGAGGGAGGAGAGGUUGGACGGGUUAGUGCGCUUGCUGCGAAGGUGCUUAGAAAUGCGAGGGACGACUUGGAGGGGGAUGGUUUUGGGGAUGAGUUAUAG